GUAUCCAUGGAUGGAGGGAAUCACUCAAUUGUAUCUGAGAUUGUAUUUCUGGGACUAACUCAUUCCUGGGAAAUCCAGGUUUUUCUCCUUGUGUUCUCUUCUGUGCUCUAUGUAGCAAGCAUGACUGGAAAUAUCCUCAUUGUGUUUUCUGUGACUACUGAUCCUCAUUUACAUUCCCCUAUGUAUUUCUUUCUGGCCACUCUCUCCUUUAUUGAUUUAGGAGCCUGCUCCACUGCUUCCCCCAAGAUGAUUUAUGAUCUUUUCAAAAAGCAUAAAGUCAUCUCAUUUGGAGGUUGUAUUGCUCAGAUCUUCUUCAUUCAUGCCAUUGGGGGUGUGGAAAUGGUGCUGCUAAUAGCCAUGGCCUUUGACAGAUAUAUUGCCAUAUGCAAACCUCUUCACUAUAUGACCAUCAUGAACCAACGCAUGUGCAUUUUCUUUCUGACUGCUGCUGUGACCCUUGGUGUCAGCCACUCACUGUUCCAACUAGCUUUUAUUAUUAAUUUACCUUUUUGUGGUCCUAAUGUAUUAGACAGCUUUUACUGUGACCUUCCUAGGCUCCUCAGGCUGGCUUGUACAGAUACUUACAAAUUGCAGUUCAUGGUCACUGCAAACAGUGGGUUCAUCUGUGUUGGUUCUUUCCUCAUCCUCCUCAUUUCCUAUGUUAUCAUUUUGCGUACUGUUUGUAAACAUCCUUCAGGUGGCUCAUCCAAGGCUCUUUCUACCUUGUCAGCACACAUCUCUGUUGUCUUCUUGUUCUUUGGUCCAACCAUAUUUGUCUAUACAUGGCCCCACCCAGAUUCACAGUUGGACAAAUUUCUUGCGAUUUUUGAUUCUGUUCUCACUCCAUUUUUAAAUCCAGUCAUCUAUACAUUCAGGAAUAAAGAGAUGAAGGCAGCAAUGAAGCGAAUAUUCAAGAAAUUUGUGGUUUACAGAAAAAUUUCAUAA